CUAUAAUAAAAUAAAACUGCCCAACAUAACACAACAGUUUCUAGUGAAAACUAGUUUUUUAUGUUUUGAAAAUGGACUUUGCAAUUAAUAACUCGGACGAAAACAAAUAAUAAGGACUUUUUUUUGUAAAUUAGACAUUGCUUUUAAUAAGAAAAAGUUAUCAUUAUGGAUAUGCGAAAUUGUGUGCGUACUGUUAGAUCAUUUAUCGUGCUAACAUGUUUUAUGUCUUUGAUUUCUUUAAACUUUUAUGUCAAUGUCUUGGAUGGAGUUGCAGACGACAAUUAUGCCCUAGAACUGUCACCGGACCACAGUUCACACACUGAUUCAAAGUAUUUGAUUUUAGGCUAUAAAAACAAUUCAAAAGUAAAGAAAGUUUCAAAACUACCUCCUGAAGUGACACCGCGAAAUUAUCUUGAGGCUCCUAAGACAUUUCGCAAUAGUGACUUUACACAAAAGACUGUGAUAUAUUCGAAGCCGCCAUCAUUGUGGCCGAGUUUAGAUAAUUAUGAAGAUGACAGAAUUCUGAAACAGUUGAAUCAUAAACCUGUUUCUGUAGAUAAUGUACAUUCUAUUCCAAUGAAAACCAUUUUGCUAUAUAAUGGUUAUAAAGAUUGGGGAGUAAAACCCGGGCGAGCUACUUUCCUGGAACAAAAGUGUCCCGUCAACAACUGUCAACUUACCGAUAGCAGACGAGCAGCUCACUCGGCAGAUGCCGUUCUUUUCCGUCAAAAUCCGAGAUUCCCUUGGUUUCGCCGACCUCCGAGUCAAAUUUGGAUUCUGUAUUUGCUGGAAGCUCCAUAUUUCACACCAAGUCUUCGAAAGUUUAAUGGACAUUUUAAUUGGACAGCGUCUUAUAGACAUGAUUCUGAUAUUGUAGCACCGUAUGAAAAGUUUGUAAAACACGACAAAACUAUUUCUAAUAUUCUUCCUAAAAUGACUAAAAACUACGCAGAAGGUAAAACUAAAAAGAUAGCUUGGUUUGUAUCUAACUGCCGGGCUACAAAUAAUAGACUCGAGUAUGCAAAGGAAUUGUCAAAAUUUAUGCAAGUGGAUAUUUUUGGAAAGUGUGGCGACAAGAAAUGCCCACGAGGUCAGAAUUCCUGCUCAGAAAUGUUAAAUAAAGAAUACAAAUUUUAUCUUUCCUUUGAAAAUUCAAACUGCAGGGAUUACAUAACAGAAAAGUUUUUCUUCACCGGUUUACAGCACGAUGUAAUUCCGAUAGUGAUGGGAGCGGCGCCGGAAGAUUACCGUCGGGUUUCACCACAUUAUUCGUUUAUUCACGUGGACGAAUACACGAGUCCUAGAGAUCUAGCUGAUUAUCUCAUAGACUUAGAUCAGAAUGAUCAUCUUUAUAACGAGUAUUUUAGAUGGAAGGGUUCAGGUAGUUUCAUUAACACAUUUUUCUGGUGUCGUGUAUGCGCCAUGUUACAUGACACAUCGCGCUCACAAACGAGUUAUGGAAACAUUGAAGAGUGGUGGAGAGGUCGAGAGGUGUGUAUAGGACGGGAUAAAUGGGGUCAACAUACACGUAGAGUACCCUAUAUAUCCGACUACUAUAAACAUUAGAAGAUAAAAUAAUUGUUUGAGGAAACAACGAUGACGACGACGACGACGACGAAAAACAUUGUUAACUCGUUGAACGGUGUACUCUUGUUAACUAACUUAAUAAGAACAUGUUAAUGUCUCACUUUUGUUCAUAAUUUAUUUAAGUUUGAUAUAUUUAUUUAUAUUUAUAUGUUAUAUUCUCAAUAUAAGUACAUUUUGUUUAUUCUGUUUUUUGAAAAUAAAUUUAUUGUUUAAACAAAAGUAUAUAUUUGAUUACGAAAUACACGUACGUGUAAAAUUUUACACGUCUGAGAUAUAUGUGUAGAGCCGUCCAUGUGGUGGCCAAUGCAAACUAUGUCAUGUUGAUUUAAUACUGUUUUGAGUCCACUGUUGACAUGGUUGAUUUGCAUAUUUAACAGCACCAAGAAACAAAAGAGCCGUGUCACGACAAAACCAAUAUAAUGGGUUUGCGACCAGCAUGGAUCCAGACCAGCCUGCGCAUCCGCGCAGUCUGAUCAGGAUCCAUGCUGUUCGCUUACAGACCCUA